ACCGAGCACCGAAAUCACCACACCGAUAAAGAUCAUCCCCGCACCCGAUCGACUGAAAAGUUCCCCGAUUGGCAUGGGGCCGAGUGAAGGGCUGGGCCCCGCGCCGAUUGGGUAGCUUUUUUUGCGAUCGGGUACGUAAUUUUUACUUUCGGUGCGGAUCUGACAGAUCGCAGAUCAUCCAUUUUCUUACCCGUGGGUAAACAGAUCCAAACCGGUUCCAAACAAAAAAAGGACCCAGAUCCAAGAACCAGUUCCUGGAUCCGGUUCCACUACCCGAUCUCGGCCAAUCGGGGCCGAGCCCUAGCCGAGCGCUAUUUUCAAUUUUUCACUCAGAAAUUUUGUUAAAAUAGCAGACAUGCGGCAACACCGCGAGCAGACUGCCUAGUUUCGGUUGUGUUGUGAGAACUGAGAAGACAGAAGAGGAUAAACUACAAGUUCAGCUUCAUUUUUAAGUUGCUCUACCCGAAAACUGUGAAGUUUACUCUUCAUUAUUUUGUAUGAGAAUGGCUUAUCGCCCAAGUCUGACACGCCUGUGCUUCCGCCAGUUUUCUACAUCCGUUAAAAGAUCGCCAAAGGAAUUAAGAGAAAAAUCUGUGCGAGACCGAUUCCUAAGAGUGGAUCAUGCCGGUGAGGUGGGCGCUGAUCGCAUUUAUGCGGGCCAAAUGGCCGUUCUCGGGAAAACGAAUGUAGGAAACGUAAUCCAGCAUAUGUGGGAUCAAGAGAAGGAGCACAGGAAAAAAUUCGAUGAACUACUUCCUAGAUACCGCACUAGGCCCACUGUGUUGCUACCCAUAUGGAAUGUUGCCGGAUUCGUAUUAGGAGCGGGUCAAAAAAUGGCCAUGGCCUGCACGGCAGCUGUGGAAACAGUAAUCACGGAUCACUAUAACGAUCAGAUCCGCGAACUCAUGAACAACCCGGAGGUAAACAGCGAAUUACUGGAAAUCAUUAGCAAAUUUCGAGACGAAGAAAUGGAGCAUCACGAUACAGCCAUCUUGCAUGAAGCCGAGAAAGCCCCACUGUAUCAGGCAUUCUCACAAGUAGUUAAAAUAGGCUGCAAAGGUGCUAUAUGGUUAUCACACAAAAUUUAACAUCGCGCUAUCAUUCGAAGAAUUUGGUUGUCUGAUUUUAGUUGGGCUUAGCUGCUUUAGAGCUCUUCCCUCCUCGUUUAUAUUGUAUACAUUGGUUAAAUGACAAAUAUAGAAUAUAUUCAGACUGA